UAGAUUAUCGCCACAAUGGAGAUCAGAGCCGAGCAGCACUGCUGGAGCGAGAGAGAGGGAGAGAGAUGCUGCGGGCAGCAUUGUUUCUACGGGCCAUUUAAUACAGAGCUCAAUGAUGCUGACUGAUUAGACCGAGCAAAUCGACAAAUAACGCGCUUUAAAUUCGCCGUUUAGCUCGCCUGUUUGUACUAUAAGUGCCUGAAGCCCAUACCACUACGAGAGGAGUCCGAUCCUUUGGUUAUUUUAGCUGCAGUUAAAUGGGGCAAUUUGAAGGCAGCUCAUAUGGCUAGCUGGGUUAGCUGUGUUUACUUGGUUGACUGACCGUAACGUUAGCUAACUUAAAUUCAUGGCUCGAGAGCUUAGGCUAAUUGAACAGGCGCUUUUUAUUUACAAAUACAUAACUAAAUAUAAACUCAGCUGUCUGCAAAUUGCGAUACUAGCUAGUUAUAGCUAUUAUACCACAACUGUUUGGUAUAACGGGCUAUAGUUAGCUAACCUAGCUUAGCUUAGCUUAGCUAGGUUAAUUGUUGCUAAUAGGCAAGCUAACGCAAGCUAUCAAUUUUCUUUAAGAUUUAAACUAGCGACUGGGAGCUAAUGUGCUAGCUAUUUGGUUAGCUAGCCAGCUAUAACCCUUAAGCUAGCUUUGUUGCUGGUGGUUAUUUCCCCGCAUUAAGAGCCUGCUCGGCUAGCUAAGCUAGCUAGUUAGCAUUACUGGCUAAAUAUAUGAUGUGACCCAUGCUAAUGCUGCCUGAACGUUAGGACAAUGUUUUCGGGCCAAUGUUGGCAAGAUUGAUUCCUCCAUGUUUGAUAAUAACACAGAGCUAGACUAGCUAAGUUUGAUAGGUUUGCAAACCUUAGCGGUUAGUUACGAACCUAACUAAGUUAGUUAGUUAGUUAAAUAAUUAAACUAACUAAAUGGCAUCCGAUAUUUUAUCUUAUACCAUAUUUUGGUUAUUUUAAACGUUAUUUUAUAAGGAUAGUUAGGAUGAUCUGAACGCUGCUGAGCAGUUGCUUCAUUUGGUUAGCUGGCUAAUGCUACUUGUUUGUUGUUGUAUUGGUGAAGUGCUGGCUAGCUAACAAAGCCAGUCAGGUAACGUACUUGCUAGCUAGCUAACGCUAGCUCAAGCUACCAGACACCCCCUUAGCUGUCUGGCUAACGGUGAUUUAUUUGUUCGCUCGCUAGCUAGCCAACUAGUUAGCUUAGCUAGCUAGCUGUGUAACGUUAGGUGUAUAAUCAUGUCGCAUAUUUAGGUAUAAUAAUUAAAUUGUAUGGCCGUAUGUACUCCUUUAAAUACAAUUAAGAACGCGGGGUUAAUUGCCUUUUCGUUUAAGCUCGGUUAUGUAGGCAUGUGCGAUACGUGCUCUUCAUUAUUUAUGGAAAGGACAUUAGCUAAGCUAACCUAACGCUAGCUAAAUUAGAUGGGAAAAGCCAACAUGGAGAGUCAGUCGCUUUCAGCUAAAACUGAUUAGCUAUCUGCUCGUUUAUUUUCGUCGUUUUUCUAACCGUGUCGGGGAAUUUAACAAAUGGCCCUUUUCUCUGACGCGAAAGAACGAAAUUAGCGCCUUUGAGAUUAUAUUUAUUAUGAAGUAUAAACUCGUUAACCCGUUUCAUCAUUUUUCCUGAGAGCACGAACUAAAAUUUCCUCUUUGUUUGUGGAAAUGCUUGCUUCAAGUGUAUCCCAUCUUCUGAGCUGAAUGCAACUUGCCCUCUUGAGGAACCAACCAUGAGUAUUAUUCAGGACAAGCUAGGCAAUGAAUUUUUGCGCAACGGUGGCAUGGACCCCAACUUUCCCACCAGCAUGAUCAUGUUCAGCCAUUUACCUCCAGUCACCAGUUUUACAAGGCUUACUCCCCAGUCUGUUGUGACGGACCUGAACCAGGAGAUGAUUUUAAAGAAGGAAAGGGAUUCGCCAGAACAUGGUGGUGGUUUUCUCCACAGCAUGGGCAUAAAGCAGGAAAAACUGAAUGAGCUCGACUACCGCAUCCCAAUGUAUACAACGGGCCCAGCAACGGGAAUAGGAGGAAAGAGUACUGAUAUGCUGGACAUUUCAAGUGGCAACCACCAGAACAUGCUUCUUCAUGAUCUCAGCCUUAGCAAUUUUCCUGGAAGAUUAGGAAAAGACCCAAAGGACUCCACGCAUAGACGAGGAAAGAGGACAAAUGGAGAAGGGCCAGAAGGCAAAGGCAGAAGAAAGCGGGGGGAUUCUACAAAGUCACUAAUGCUGGAUGGUGAUGGAGGGCCCCUCUCUCCUAGCUCCAAACCACACAUAUGUGAACACUGCAAUGCUGCCUUUCGUAGCUCGUACCACCUCCGAAGACAUGUGCUCAUUCACACAGGUGAAAGGCCUUUCAGAUGCAGUCAGUGUAACAUGAGCUUCAUCCAGAAGUAUUUGUUGCAGAGACAUGAGAAAAUUCACAGUGGGGAAAAGCCAUUUAGCUGUGACCAGUGUAAUAUGCGCUUCAUUCAGAAGUAUCACAUGGAGCGACAUAAAAGGACACACAGUGGAGAAAAGCCAUAUAAAUGUGAUACCUGCCAACAGUAUUUUUCUCGUACCGAUCGUUUACUGAAGCACAAAAGAACCUGUGGAGAAGCCAUAAAGAAGGGGUUGGACCCAUCGAUGCUUGACCUUGGAGAUGAGGACCUUGGACAUGGCAGCUAUUUACACACUCAGGGAAAUGCCAGUGCACCACAACGCAAGAGGGGCAAGUCCAAGGGCAGUGGAGAGGGGGGAGAACGCCGCAGGAAAAAGGCAGCAGUUGCCGGAGCUGGACACAUGCUCGGCCUGCAGGACUAUGCUGUUGACAUGCCCACUGGCUCUGGGACGUCCUCCACUGGGCUAGGUGACCUGGCCAACACCAGCAUGCAGAACCAGCAUGUUCGCGCUCCUAAGUCCGCCUUCAAGAAAGGUGGACGUAAGGGAGGAGAAAAGAACUUGGUCUCCAUGGAUGUAGGUAGCUCCAACUCUGGUCUCCAUGAGCAAAAACUGCUGGCCCCCAAGUCCAUGGACCUGCCAGGUGCAGGAGGCAUGGACAGCCUGGGCCUCCUCCAGAGUUCAGGGUCAAAGCAGACUGGGAACAGCAGCAACUACGAUGAUGCCAUGCAGUUCCUGAAGAAGAGGAGAUACUUGCACGCUGCGAACAGUGGUGGCAGUGGAGGCGACUACAGCACGGUCCACAUGCCGCCUCAACCGACUGUCAUCCAGGGAGGUAUAGGAGAGCCCACGCUGGCAUUGUUGGACACUUCACCUCUUGUCAGCGUUGACAGCAAGCAUGACAAGUCUGGAAUCCCAGAUGAAGUAUUGCAGAGCCUUCUGGACCACUACACUCACAAAUCUGACGGUUCCCAUCAUGAUGUGACUUUUGACCUCUCAGACCAGCAUCAUGUGGAGCUGCACCCUGCCUCUGCAACCCCCGACCUGGGAGCUGAUGAAAACUCGCCGAACGGUUCUGGGGACAAGACUGGGGUCAUGAACGAGUAUUCAAAGUUUCUGCUACAGACACUGGAGAGAACCAGCCACAGUGGUGGGUUCACUCUUGGCCCUAGUGGCCCCUUCCCCGGCCUGCUGUCAUCCAGCAGCAGCCCAGCCAGCAGCCUCUUCCCUGACAAGCACGUCUACACCACCUCCCCUCUUGAGUGUACUUUUGGACAGUCCAUCACCUCUCCCCUCACUCCUUCUUCCACCUCAGCUCUACCAAAGUCUCACUUCAGCAUGCUGGUAGGCUCCCCCUCACCUUCACACGCCUCACCCUCCUCCCAGCAGGGCUUUCACCUGGGCAGUUUGGAGCCCUCCGGUCACCAGCAGCUCACCCCAUCUCAAGAGCUCACAGAGCAGCUGGAAAAGCCCCACUCACCUACAUAUCAACUUGCCACCCAAGAUCUCGCUAACGGCAGUAGGCAAAAAGAGCAGGUAAAGAAUGGCAGUGUCACAGAAAAUGGUAGUAGUGGCACUAAUGGUGGUGUUUCUGCCACUGGCUCCAUCUACCCCCUGGCUCCAACUUCUGAUCUGGCUUCCUUGGAGCCCUCCAAAGACGUGGAAAUGCGCUCCACGUACCAGAUCGAGAACUUCGCCCAGGCCUUCGGCUCCCAAUUCAAGUCUGGCCGACGAACCCCUCUGGCAUACAGCAGUGACCCCCAGGUCGGGGUUGGAGAGGUCGACCACAGAAUAUCACGGACUCCUGUGUCCGAAUUCUCAGGGUAUACUAGUCUGUUAGCUGACGUUGGUGAGCCGGCUAGCUCAGGAACCAAAACCGCCACAAGCCAAAGCUACAGGUAAAGGUUUUGGUGGCCAGCUUAAACCCGUAGUUUGGGACAAGAACUCUUCUCCAGCGCACCCUUCCCUAAUAACCUCCCUAAUUUUUAUUUCUUGUUUAGGUGAGAUGAAAUAUUAAUUAUUACACUGCCAGUUACAUGUUAAUACAAGACUCUACCAGGGAAGGUCUUCAAGACCUCAAAUGCAAUUUCUUUGAUAUUCAUUUUUUUAAAAUGUUUUAGUUAUUUGUUUUUAUUAGUGUAGAAGAUUUCCACGAGUAGACUGCAAUGUAAUUUUCAGCAAAUGUAGAUGGUAGGUGAUGACUGGCUUGACUUUUUCAGGAGCCCUGUGAUUUAGCAAUCAUAAUAGAAUUGUAAAAUAAUUCAAGAUGAUUUAUAGUAAUAACAGUUGUUGUCAGGGUGUGGCCCAGUAUUCAGUGGCAAAAAUGUCGGCCUAUUGUCUGUUACAAUAAUUGAAAGUAUUACUCAGGAAAAAUGAUUUUUUUAAAAAAAGAAAGAAUUGGGUGCAACUAGCACUCUGUGUUUUUACAAGUAUACAUUUGAAACUACAGUGAUCCUUUCUGUUUCUGAAAUUCCUUGAGAAGAAUGAUUACCCAUUUUCAGUCUACCUGUUCAUCUGAUCACACUGGUGACUCUUUUCCACUACUUGUACAUAUGCAGAAAUGACGGUACUUUUGAUGUCAAUGUGAAAACACUUGCAUACUCCAAUCACUAAGGGCCAGAUGUGAGGCACAGACACAUUUGCAAGCAUACAUGCAUACAACUAUAAAUAUUUAUAUUUACACACACACACACACAUUCACAUUCAUACACAAUGUCUCAUGGAAACCUAUGUGCAUGCAUGUAAAUAUUUGUAAGUAGCAUCUUUGCAGCUACUGAGAAAUGGCCUCAGGGUGUGUUGAACACUGAUUCAUGCCCCUUUUUGUUAAACGUCAUUAGCUGUCAUCCAGUUUUGUUCAAUUUCUCAAGGAAUUAAAUUAGCACUUUUAACCAUUGAAGACGAAAACUGUUAGAUCACAGAUAUGGACAUUUAUAUGGUCAAAAAAAAGCUGUGAUUUUUUUUUUUUAAAUGAUUUUUUUUUCCUUUUGGUUUAAAACAGAGAACAAUGUCGUCUGGGCAUUCUGACAUUUUUUAUGGAUCGGUGAGUGGGUGGGGUAGGGUUUUGGGGGGGUGAGAAUUAGUAAUGCCAUUGAAACGGAUGCCAUACCAAUUUAUUUUGUGCUGUGGAACCUUGGGUGUUGAGCUCAGGGCCUCUUUGUAUUGAACGUGUAUUUAAGUAUUAAAUAUGUUUUGAUUUGAGUGAAUAGCUGCAAUUGGAGUUCUACCUCUCAGAAAAAUUUAACAAAUCUGAUGCCUGUUGGACAAAAACAACCUAAUGCAAACCUCCCUUUCACGUUCUAGCUUGGAGAAGCAUCAGAGUUGUUUAUCUUUUUUGAGAACGUGCAAAUCUGAAUUGGUGGACCUGAACCUCUAUUUUUUAUGAAGAAGAAAUCAGGAACAAUGCACGAGCGAGAAACUUCAACUGUUUCUUUCUCCGCAAAUGCAAUUUUUUAAGGUGCCGUUGAAAGGGGCAGUGGGCUGCCGUGUCUUCCUCUGUUUCACUUCCACUGCUCCAAUUCAGCGCAAAGCCGAACCCGGCUGCGGCAUCGGGUCUGACUCCCUCGCCUUUCGGGUAAAAUGGUCUCCUAUGCUGACUCCACUCUGCACCAGUGUUGGGGGUCAAAGCCUAAACGCUGCAACUCCUAACUCGCCCAUGCUUUUAAAGGAAAAAAAUAAGCAUAAAAUGGAAAAAAAGUAGUGGCAAAAAGAAUAGAAUUGACCUUAAUAUACCUCAUAUCACUGUACAAAUGAGAAAACCAGGGACAUGCGUUUCAUGUAGCCUAUGUAGUGGUAAUGUAGUAUGUCAACCAUAAUGUAUAAUCAUGUAUUGCCACCUGUGUUUAUGAUUAGAAUUCAUGUUGGUCUGUUGUUUUUUUUUUUUUGUUUUUUUUUUUUGUUUCUCCCCCUACCCCAGCAUCUAUGCCAAGCAGUGUUUCAUGCUAGAUUUAUUUUCCUCCCUUUCAUUUUUCUGUUUUUUUUUUUGUCUUCCCAUUUGUUUUUGUUACUUGCCAUAAUGUGUUUUGAUAUGAUCUCUAGAAAGACUUUGUUUACAAUAAUGUACAAAACACUAAAAAUGUGUUUUUUUUUUUCUAUUUUGAUUUUGUUGUCUGAAAUGCAUGAUAUGAAGUUUUUUUUUAUGUAUGGCUUUUUUUCUGAUCACCACAAUUGCACCAGUUUCUUUGUAGCAGAUGUGUCCAUCUUUAGUCUCAUUUUUUUGUGACUCUACAGGGCUGUACAUGUCAGAUGACUUUAUAUAUGAUUAGAUAAGCCAAUAAAACCUUUUGUUAUGAAA